ACAGAGAAUUCCUUAACAGCUUCAACCAGCAACUUCAAAUGCGAUUAUGAUGUAAAACUGAAACGCAUUGCUUACAGGGCACGCGUUAUUACCAGAUUUUGGAAGUCACACUUCCUCAAAUGAUAGGAUUAUUAAUCUUUUUGUUGGUAAAGAAUAACCCUUUAUUUAGAGAGACUGUUUUAACUAAAAAACGAGUUCAUUGCACUAUUUCCCCCCGUAACCCUUGUUGAAUUCUCUCUCGUUUUUUUAGUUAUAUAUCCACAUUACUUUUGGAACCGUCAGGGGAAAAAAGAAGAAGAAGAAACCAAGAACAUUAUCUUAAUGAAGCCUAAAGCUUAGCGAAGGGGACCAUUGGUAAUUCCUUAACUUCCUAAUGUUGUUCAAGUGGCCUUUGUUUUGUUUCCGUUCUAGUUCCUCUCCUUCCACGGGCCGUGAAAUACAACAGGAGGAGGCUGCAGGGCCAACAUGUGAAAAUGUUGGAUCCAUUUAUGAUGAUAAAGGUGGCUGCAAAGAUGAAGAAACCAAUUCUUCAGCUAGCCGUAGUCGGAAAAGCUUUUCCAGCUUUGCAAUUGAAAGAGGUUUCAUGAAGUGGGUUCUUCGUGCUAAUGAUAAAGAUAGCGGUUUGGAAAGGGAAAGAGAGCCUGUCCAUAAGGGACGAAAAGAUGUCUCUGAUUCACCAAAAAUGGAAAGGGAACCAGAAGCGGCUAAUGUUGUUCAAGAAGCAAAACAUGUGAAGACGGUCAAUUCUGAGGUCAUGGCGGAGGAGAAAAUCAUAAGGGGAAGGAACCCUAGUAAGGGGGCUGGAGACAAUGAGUUGAUGGAGGGGGCUGCUAGCAAUGGUAAGGAAAAUGUAAAGGAGGACAGCAUAUUAUAUUUUCAAGAACCUCCUAGUUUCAGGAUAUACUGUGUUCAUAAUGUCUCCGUCGAUGGUGAUAGUAAUGGAGGGAUCAGAGAGCCAGGCAGUGGAAAGAAGAAGAAAAGUAAAAUCUAGACUGCUUUACGAAAAGGCAGACCUGCAGCAAGAAUGAAAAAAUUCCUGCUUCUCUCGUGCAUCCUUCAACUCCUCAGGAUAAGUGUCCAUAAAUCGGUUGGAUAAGUUGUCUAUCGACAUGAGAUACAAGGCGAUCUUUCAUUCACUGCCUUCGAUUUUUUUCCCUUCGAAUUCUUAAGUUUCAAAGGCAACGUUCUUAUUGGAGAGAGCUCCAUCUUCCCGGCGUUGGGAAGUAAUAUUGGGUAAACAUCAUUAUCUUUGAGCCCCCCCUCUCCUCCAUCCCUCUCUGUAGCUGCAGUUCUGCUUCUGUUUAGAAGGGGAUUUGGUCAAGUCAGAAUUACUGUUAACGUAUUUUCCUUGAAGAAGUAUUGCUCCUGUAUUGAAUGGUUUUGACUCUUUCGACCUGUGCACUCCAUUUGUAAUGUUCAAAGGUUUUCUCCCCGCUGUAUAUAGUACGUUGUGCAAAGAAAUGCAAGUAACGUUUCUGAAAAUCACCUCGUCGCUCGUAAAAUUCGAACCCAAGAUCUCCUAUUGUGCUAACCUCGUGGACAGAAACCAUAUGGUGUUGA